AUGCCGAAGCACAGAUUCAUUUUUUGGCAAACUAUCAAUACUCAGCUUUUAGCUCAUGACAAGUUUGUGCAAUUUCAAAUCACUCUUGACAAUAUUAAGUGCCCGGUUUGUGACACAGCAGCUGAGAGCAAUGCUCAUUUGUUUUUUGACUGCUAUUUUUCACAGCAAGUGGUGGAGCAGGUCUGUUUGUGGCUGGGAGUUAGGAGUUGGCCGACUAGUUUCAAUUCCUGGCAGCAAUGGCUGCGGCAAACCAGCAAAGACAAGAUGCAAAAGGUGCAUAUUUCGAUAAUGGCUGUCAUGAUUUACAGCAUUUUGAGCAAUAAAAACAACUGCCUCUUCAACAAUUACUCGAGUACAACAACAAAAGUUACACAGGAAAUAAAGAAAAUAGUAUACUAUAGAUUACAAAUAGCUAAAAAUAGAAGCUUGAAAGCCCAUGAGAAGAGAUACAUAGAGAGCAUUUUGGUGUAA